AUGCCGACCCUGCUUCCAAGCCGGCACCAGACACUCUGGAUUAAAGCUGGACACUUGUUCAUGCUCCUUCUCUGCUUUAUCGUCUACAACCAGCAGGCCGCCGGCUCCGUGCUGGAGAGUCUGAUCGCUAAGCGGGCUGAAUAUUUAGAGAGGUGUAACAGCUCUCUGACAGCGAGCGCCCCGUCACAGACCGGACUCUUCUGUAAAGGAACAUUUGACAUGUUCGUGUGUUGGCCUCACUCUGCUCCUGGAAAUGUGUCCGUGCCCUGUCCUUCUUACCUCCCGUGGAUCAGCGACGACGUCUCGAGGAGAGCACACAGAGAGUGUUUGGAGAACGGGAGGUGGAGACAGAAGGAGAACUCCUCUGAGGCCUGGAGGGACGACGAGGAGUGUCAAGGGGAGCGUUACUUUAAAGACAAGGAGGAUGAGAUGCAUCGACAGACGGCCCUCAGACUCAUCUCUAUCAUUGGUUACUCUCUGUCUCUGUCCUCCCUCACUCUGGCUGUCCUCCUGAUGGGCGUGCUGAGGAAGCUGCACUGCACCAGGAACUACAUCCACAUGAAUCUGUUCAUGUCGUUCAUCCUGAGAGCUGCAGCUGUCAUCUCCAAAGAAAUCAUCUUAUACAUCAUGUACUCCAACCUGCCCCGAGACGACCCGGGCUGGAACUCCUACUCCACCUCUGCAAUAUCGCUGAUGUGUAAGUUCUCCAAGGUGUGCAUGGAGUACUUUGUGGCCUGUAACUACUUCUGGCUCCUGGUGGAGGCCGUCUUCCUGCACACGCUGCUCUUCACCGCCGUGCUGACGAAGAGGCGUCUGCUGAAGAAGUACAUGCUGCUGGGAUGGGGCACUCCGGUCCUCUUUGUGACCCCGUGGACCGUGGUCAAGAUCUUAUAUGAGAACACAGAAUGCUGGUCGAUCGUGAACAGAUGGUUCUGGUGGAUCAUCAGAGGUCCCAUCACUCUGUCAGUGCUGGUUAUCUUCUUCAUAUUCAUUAAGAUUCUGAUGCUGCUGCUGUCCAAGCUGAAAGCAGACCAGGUCAAAUUCACCGACUACAGAUACAGUCUGGCCCGAGCCACUCUGGUCCUGAUUCCUCUGUUGGGGAUCCACGAGGUCGUCUUCACCGUACUGAUCGAUGAAUGUGUGGAGGGCAGCAGCCGCUACGCCCGGAACUUCAUCAACCUCACCCUGAGCUCUUUUCAGGGCUUUCUUGUUGCCGUGCUCUACUGCUUUGCUAAUGGAGAGGUCCAGGCUGAGCUGAAGAAGCGCUGGCAGCUCUUCCUCUUCACUAAUCACUUCCAGGUCCGGAGCUGCUUUCACAGCGUUCCCCUCAAACAGCUGUGGAAAUGCACCCGAACGCGCCGCCCACACUGCUCCUACGACGAGGGCGGCACCUCCGCCACACACCCUCACCUGCUUCAGGUGGCCGUGCACAGAGGAGGAGGAGCGGGGCAGGGACCGGGGGAGGUCAAAGGUCAGGGGCUGAAGGGCUGUGACACAGCAGGACUGGACUUCCUCACCAGGAAGAGUCUGUCGAGCAGUGACGGAGAGAUGACGCUCGGAGAGACCGUGGAGGAGAUACUGGAGGAGAGUCAGUUCUGAUCCUCUGCAGCGUGGAGGAGCUUUUAUCACCUCACAUGGACAGGUGAGUACUGACAUAGACCUGGAGGAUGGAUCAGUUUCUGCUCUUGGAUUCCAUCAAGCUGAGUUUCUGACUGGGAAAGGAGACAUUCCUACUCCAGCAGGAGCACAGAAACUUGUGGAGUAGAAGUUUGUUUCCAGGAUCUGAGAGAAUAGGGUCCCUCUGGAGGACAUCUGGAUCA